CGCGCGCUCAGUCGGCUCCGUGCCUUGGUGAGAGUAGGUUUGUGCGCACCGCUCUCCCGUCUGCCUUCCCACGGUGCAUCUCACAACUCUCCCUUUCCCUCUGCCACUGAAAACUUUUGACAGUAAUGAAGGAAAAUUAAGUGGCGUGAUCGUAGUGGGGCAUUUCCAAGUGCACACCGCCCCGGUGCACGGCUGUGAGGAAAGGAACAGCGUGGAAAAGAGUUGAAAUUACCACGGAGAGCACAGCAACGCGGCAGAGCAGACUCACCACAGUACCGCCGCACUGCUUCACCGCCUCCCUGCGUCAGGACACGAUACACGAGGCCCGCUAUGCAUGUUUACACCGGGCACUGCAAUACUCAGGCACUGUAAUCACCAGGCACUGUAAUACUCACUGUAACACUCAGGCGCUUUUGUUGAGGCGCCCUGGAGCAGAGAUAAGCCAUAACACACAAAGAAGGUUGACAGCUGAAUACGCCUCAUUGAAUCUCGCCUUACGAGACUAUAAAGAGGAAAGACUUGUGGAUAUUGUGUCAACUAAGUCUAGGAAGGUACUGUCAGUCAUAUUUAAUAGGAAAAGACACGUGAAUGAAUAGAAACUGAGGAUUUUUCUAGUUUUUUUUGACAAUAGAAACAUAAUUUACUAGACAAGAUGAGGCCAAGCUAUGAACGGAACUAAGAAGAUUGAAAUAGCUAAAGAUAAUUCCUAAGCUGUGACAGAAAAUACAGAAUGGUGAAGAUUGGAGGGUGUGUGGCCAUGUGGGCGUGUGUGUGCGUGUGGGCGUGCGUGUGGGUGUGCGUGGCAGGAUUCAACGUUGACCUGGCCAGCCAUGUCACCCACCACAGUGACCAGCGGGAGUCAAUGUUCGGCUUCGCGGUAGCCCAGCACAUGGAUGGAGGCACGGCUAGGAUGUUGGUGGGAGCGCCCUUGUAUGAUACGGAGCAGAGGGCGAUUGGUGUAAGGAAGGCCGGGGCUGUGCUGAGCUGUGACGCCAAUGUGCCCGACAGUUGCAGCUAUGUUCCCUUCGACACUAAUGGUAACAACGUGCACCCUCUGGGACAGCAGCUGGACAACAAGACGGGCCAGUGGUUCGGCGCCACCGUCAGGAGCUCCGGGCCAGAUGGCGUGGUGGUGGCAUGUGCUCCCCGCUACGUUUGGUUCACGGAGAAUCUGAAGCGGCGUGAACCCGUUGGAACAUGUUACGUGGCCAGGAACGCUCUCACUGACUUCCAGGAGUUCUCGCCCUGCAGGACACGUCAUUGGGGUUACCAUCGCCAGGGGUCGUGCCAAGCUGGGUUCGACGCCAUCAUUACUGAGAACGGCAAGAGGUUGUACAUCGGAGCUCCUGGCGCCUUCUACUGGCAAGGCCAAUGUUGGACAACGAAACUGGAAGGACAGAUUCACUCUUACAACCUGGUGACCCGUAAUGAGUAUGAGAAGACGUGGGAGGGCCCGGCCGAGGGAGACGAUCAGUACCUUGGCUAUUCCGUGGCUGUGGGAGACUUCAAUGGAGAUGGCACUGAGGACGUGGCUCUCGGCGUUCCCAAGGGCCUCAACUAUACCGGCAAGGCAGUGCAGGAUGACCCAAGGAGAGAGGAAGAGGAAGAGGAAGACACAGAAGAAGAAGAAGAAGAAGAGAACACGAGAACAGGAAAAAGAAGAAAAAGAAAAGGCAAGAAAAACAAACGGAUGACAACAAGAAAAAACACAAAAACACAAAAAGACAACAGAAGAAGAAGAGGAAGAAGAAAAGAGGAACAGAAAAGGAAGACAAGGAAGCAGAAACGAGAGGUAAGAAAGAAGAGAGAAGAAGAAAAAGAAGAAGAAGAGGAAAAAUUAACAUGGCAGGGUUGGUUUGAAAAGACAGGAUUUCUUUUCCAACCAGCGAAGGAGAAAGGAUACCACAGUUUGUCCUUGCCAGAUUCCUUCACCCCAGAGCGCCCUUCCUACGGUGCCUCCUCCCUGGCUGUUGGUGCCUUCAGCGGGGGUGCCAGCAGGAGGGAUGUGGCACUAGGCACUCCCAGGGGCCCAGACGAAACGGGGGCACUCACUGGGAAGGUGGCGCUCUUCACGGAACACCUGCGACCCAUACAGAACAUCACAGGGUACCAGCUGGGCUCUUACUUCGGAUACUGUCUGGCGGUGCUGGAUUUCAACAGGGACGGUCUGGACGACAUAGUGAUUGGCGCUCCUCUCUACACAGACUACGAGGACAGAGAGAUGAAGUUUGAAGUGGGAAGAGUCCACGUGGUGCUUCAAAACAGACUGCACCGGUUCCGCCAGGUGGUGACCUUCACAGGGGAGGUGAGCCAGGGUCGCUUUGGGCUCUCCCUCACCAGCCUGGGGGACAUCAACCAGGAUGGCAUUCAAGACAUGGCAGUGGGUGCCCCCUAUGGUGGUCCUGACGGCAGUGGUGCAGUGUUCAUCUACCACGGCUUUGAGAUCAGGACUGGCCAACUCAUCUCAGACGAACUCAAGAAGCCUAGCCAGGUAAUACUAGCAAGGGAUGUGGGUCUGGGCGUGCCGAUGGCGUCCUUUGGCUGGGCUCUGUCUGGCGGCCUGGAUGUGGAUAGCAACCAGUACCCAGACCUGCUGGUGGGCGCCACUCAUGCCAAUGCUGCCGUGGUGCUCAAGUCGCGUCCCAUAGUGUCACUGCUGAAUCACACACUGACCUUUCUGUCCAAGGAGGAGAUAGACAUUGAAGUGACCUCGGCCGCCAACAGGGAGAAGGAUUGCAGGACCAGGUCGGGUCGCCUUGUGUCCUGCGUUGACCUGGAGUUCUGUGUGGGGUAUGGGGGUCUUGCUGUGCCUGCAGAGAUAGAGCUGGAGGUGAAGUACCAGCUGGAUGGGGAAGUGAAGGACCCGCGGCUGUUCUUCAUGGUGACGGACACACAGGGGCUGAGUGAGUCACUGCGGCUGGUGCGUGGCAGGCCCAGGUGCAGGGUUCACAAGACCUAUGUGUCGCCUUCCGUGGCAGACAAGCUGACUCCCCUGGGUGCCGAGGUGAGGCUGGCACUGGUGGAGGGCCAAAGUGGUGCCCUCAGAUUGCCACGCUCCAUUAGGCCAGUCUUGAACCAGAAGCAGAAUCUGAGUGUGACCGGUGCCAUUGCCAUCAAGAACAACUGUGGUCCGGAUGACAUGUGUGUGCCCGACCUGGAGCUCAAUGUGCACGUGCCAGACACCUUCACAUUUGGCAAAAAGGAGCAGCUUGAGGUGGUGGUGCGCGUGAUGAACCAUGGUGAGGACGCAUACCAGGCCAGCGUGUUCCUCCCUGAGCCGCCCGGCCUGCAGUACAACAUCUUUGAGGCGCGGGACAACACCUCCGUUACUUGCUCCCCUCGCUACACUGCCGGCACCACCACCCUCGUCUGUGACAUCGGCAACCCCCUCAAGAUGCUGACCGGGGUCCACUUUGCCGUGUUUUUCCACCCCCAACCCUCCACGCUGGUAGACGACCGCAUACAAUUUGACGUGGUUGCCAACAGCACCAUUGCCGAGGCCGCCCACACCAGCGAUGACAACUUUGUGCAGAAGAUUGUGAUGCUGGGUGCUGAUGUUGACCUGGUGCUGUACGGCUCCUCGACACCAGAGAACAUUGCCUACAACAAGAGUCUGUACCAGUCUGAGAGUUACCGCCAUGAGGAAGACCUUGGCCCGGAGGUGCUGCACAUCUUUGCCGUGUCCAACAAUGGCGCCUCCAGACUUACCCAGGCAGAGUUUGUCAUCCUGUGGCCACUCCAGGCACUCAAUGGUGAGAGUUACCUUCUGUACUUGUUGGAGCAGCCUCAUGUCACUGGGCCAGGCUCCUGUGCCUUUGUUCCUGACACCAACCCAAUGCAGCUGGAGCUGAACAAAGAGACCUCCACAACAAGACUUCUUAAACUUCAAAGCAAGGAGGAAGAGGAGAAGGAGAGGAGGGAGGAGGAGAAGAGGAUAACACUGGAGGAAGAAGGGAGGAUACUAGUGGAGGAGGAGAGGACUUACACUGAAUCUGGAGGAGGAGGAGGAGGAGGAGAGGUAGUGGAGGAGGAAGAUGGAGAGAGGAAGGAAACAUCUGGUGGAGGAAAGAAGGAGACUUAUUAUGAGGAAACUUCCUUUACAACUUAUAGUACUGGAGGAGGAGGAGGAGGAGGUGGUGGAGGAAGAAGAGGAGGAGAAGGAGGAGGAGCUAACUACUCUUCCUCCUCAUCGACUUACUCCUCUUCUUCUUCAUCAAGCAAAACAUUCACUUCCUCCUCUUCUUCUUCAUCAAGUUAUGGUUCCUCUUCCUCUGGUUCUUCCUCCUCCUCCUCCUCUUACGGGUAUUCUGGUCAUCACAGCAGGAGGACGAGAGAAGUAGACGGCUCGCAGGAGUGGGAAGAUACGAUCAGUAACUGCGGCAUGACUCACUGCAUCAGGAUCCGGUGCACGGCCGGCCCUCUGGAGGAGCAGGACAUCGUGUUUGUGUAUGUGCGGUCGCGCCUUGUGCUGGCCACACUGCAGGAGGCGUCCCUGUACCCAUACGAUGACGUCAGCAUUUCCAGUCGGAUGGUGGCCCGUGUCACCUCUCUGCCCUACGGUGUCAACCCACGCGACCUUGAGGUGAAGACAAAGGAUGUCACCACUCCUGUGUCCCCUGCCAAGUCCCUGGAUGAGGCCCCUGCCGUCCCCUGGUGGGUCAUCAUUCUGGCAGUGCUCGCUGGCAUACUCAUUCUGCUGCUCAUCAUACUCAUACUGUGGAAGUGUGGUUACUUCAAGCGUCACCGGCCAGAGCAGAGUGGCAAUGCAGCGGAUGACGCCCAGCCACUCAACCCACCCAAGAGUCGCAACGGCCACCCUUGCAACCCAUACACCCGACCAAUGUACCCCGGCGACGAGGCUUUAUGAUCCAGUGGGGCCUCCUAGCGCGGCUCAGGCAUUGUCACUUUGUGUGUGUGUGUGUGUGUGUGUGUGUGUGUGUGUGUGUGUGUGUGUGUGUGAGAGAGAGAGAGAGAGAGAGAGAGAGACUAUAAGUAUACAUCUCUGAAUUGUACUUAUUGAGAGAGAGAGAGAGAGAGAGAGAGAGAGAGAGAGAGAGAGAGAGAGAGAGACUAUAAGUAUACAUCUCUGAAUUGUACUUAUUGAGAGAGAGAGAGAGAGAGAGAGAGAGAGAGAUGGAAAAAAUCACUAAAUACCAAAAACGUGAAGUCCGUAACACUAACUUAAUGAAACUUAAUGAAACUUUUCACUCACUUCAUUUUUUUUCUAUUCUUUUGGUGGUGUUGAAUUUUUUUGUAUUUCAUUUUCUUUUUUUUUUUUUUUUUUUUUUGUCUUUAUUUUCUGUACAUAGAUAUUUUUCCCCAGCAUUCAGCCAGCCAGUCUGUGCUUAACAAUAAAAAAAAAAAAUAAAUAAUAAUGAUAACUCCUUUUCUUUAUUUUCUCUUUAUUUAUUUAUUUAUUUAUUCAUCCAUAGCAAUUAAAAACAACAAAAAUAAUAAUAAUAACUCAUUUUCUUUAUUUUUUUUCUUUCUUUAUUUUUUUAACUUGAUUCAUUGUGUGCUGUGUAUUAUUAUUUCAUUAAUUUUGUUUGUUUGUUUCUGUAAAUACUACAUGUAAAUUUGUAUUAUAAUAGUUUACAUUAUUAUUUAAUUACACUUAACAAAUAAAAAAUAUGUAUGUAA